GGCAGGCGGGCGCGGAAGGCAAGAUGGCGGUGCAGGCGGUGCACCUGGAGGCGGAUGCGUUCCUUGUGUGCCUGAACCACGCGCUGAGCACCGAGAAGGAGGAGGUCAUGGGGCUCUGCAUCGGAGAGGUUGACACCAGCCGAAUCGUCCACAUCCAUUCUGUGAUAAUCCUGCGCCGCUCUGACAAGAGGAAGGACCGCGUGGAGAUCUCACCAGAGCAGCUUUCAGCUGCUUCCACUGAAGCAGAGAGGUUGGCUGAAAUGACAGGACGUCCCAUGAGGGUGGUGGGCUGGUACCACUCCCACCCCCACAUCACUGUCUGGCCCUCACAUGUCGAUGUCCGCACUCAGGCCAUGUAUCAGAUGAUGGACCAAGGGUUUGUAGGGCUGAUCUUUUCCUGCUUCAUUGAGGACAAGAACACCAAGACAGGCAGAAUUCUCUAUACCUGUUUCCAGUCUAUUCAGGCCCAGAAGAGCUCAGAAUAUGAAAGGAUUGAAAUUCCCAUUCAUGUUGUCCCCCAUGAAACCAUUGGGAAAGUGUGUCUGGAAUCAGCUGUGGAGCUGCCCAAGAUCCUUUGCCAAGAAGAGCAGGAUGCCUACAGGAGAAUUCACAGCCUCACACAUCUUGACUCUGUAACCAAGAUCCAUAAUGGCUCAGUGUUCACAAAGAACCUCUGCAGCCAAAUGUCUGCCAUCAGUGGGCCCCUGCUGCAGUGGCUGGAGGACAGACUGGAACAGAACAAACAGCGCGUGCAGGAGCUGCAGCAGGAGAAAGAGCAGCUGCUGGAGGAACUCGCUGCUUUAGAGUGAGGAGGAAAUGCAGACCCUUCAGGAAAGAGACAUGAAAAAAUCUUCAAGAACUACUCCAGGCUGAAGGGUGGCCCUACACUGCCCCUCAGUGAAGGUCCUGGCUGUGCCUCUUCUCUUGGAGCACAUCUCCAGGAUCAGGACUCUACCUGCCCCAGCUUGGUGCAAAGCAGUGCUGUGUCUGCAGGUGCUGCACUUGUGGAUCAGUGGUGGGGCUGAGCAGCACCUGAAGACUCCUGUUUUGGAGAGCACACACCUAGGGAACGUUGUUUCUCCCUCUGUAUUUUGACAGAAGUCCUACUGCUUUACACGUAUUCCAGGAGCCUGGAACAGGAGGGUCAGAGGGGAAAAGUGUGUCCCUGCUGUCAUAUCUGAUGCUGCCAACUUCUGCCUUCUCUUAGUAGCUUCAGUUGACCAUGAUCUUAUAUCUAGUAAUGUUUUGGAUCACUGGUCAUUCAUCCAGGCAGGUAAGAGGUGGGAGGGAAGCUUGGGAACAGACCUGGAAGAUCUUUGACAUAGGAUCUGUGUUCAGCAUACAUCAAACCAAAUAAAGAAUUCCAAAGCUAGAGCUGUUGGGAGUAGAAAUGAAAUUAAUGCUACAAAGUGCAUUUUUUGGUCAGUCUGUAGUCUCUUACUCCAUGCAAUGUUGGUGUGUGCCUAGCACUGAGGUUCUGUACAAAAUGACUUAUUUCUGCUGGCUCAGUGAGAGGACUGUGCUUCCUUCCCAGAGGGAAGAAGGUUAAGAUGCUGGGCAGAGAACUGGUAGAUACACAAGCCUGACAUUCUUACAUGCUGAACUGCAGGAAUUUCUUAAGACUGGAACAAAAUAGCUGUUGUUGAACUAAUCCCUUUAAAUGUUCUUGGUGUUGCAUUUCACAGUAUCCCCCAUCAUGUACAUCCUCGUCUGUGUUCUGUCUUGUGAAUCUGUCUCACGUGAGCAAAGGAUGGGACAGUGAAAGUAACAGAGCUGAGGAAGGCACUCCCUGUCAGUGACAGCCAAUAUUGAUUAGCAGCUGUAAAGUGCUGUCAAGAUUGCUUUGUCAUACUUUUCAGUCUUUCUGCAUUUCUACUGGCAAAUCCCCUAAGAGUAGAACUUCCUUGAAGUAUAUUGCUCACCACUGUUUUGUUUUUCCUUGGAAGUGCUGUGAACAGUAAUUAAUCAGUUUUUGAACAGUCA